UCAAAUAGAGAGAGAGACAGAAGAGUUGUUAACAUGUAUGGGUGCAGGAAAGUAGCAUCUGAGGAAUUCGAUCUUCCUCUUAUCGAUCUCCAAAAGCUCUCAAGCUCUAACGAGGCGGAGAGACAAGCAUGUAUCAAUGCCAUAACAACCGCUUCUUCAGAGUGGGGGUUUUUCCAGGUGGUGAAGCAUGGCAUAAGUGGAGAAUUAGUAGGGAGGAUGAGGAGAGAGCAGGGGAAGUUUUUCGAGAUGGCUUGUGAGAGGAAGUCAAAUUGCAAGACCGUCAAUGAUUGUUACACGUGGCAUGGUUCCCCAAAUGGAUCUGGCUCUGAGAACAAGUCAUGGUCCCAAUCCCUUCAUCUUCCUCUCUCUACAAUUUCCUGUGGAGGGGACCAUGCAAUUGAUCAACACUUCACUUCUCUUAGGUUGGUAACGGAAGAAUUUGGGGCAGUCAUGGGGAAACUGGCUCUCUCAUUGGCCAGAAUUCUCGCCGAGAAAUUGGGCCAAUCGCUGGAAUUCUUCUCGGAAAAUAGCAAUGAGAGGACAUCUUUUGUGAGGCUGAAUCAUUACCCUCUAUGUCCUCUUUGGCCUGAAGUUUUGGGUUUGGUUCCUCACACUGAUGGUGAUUUCCUCACCAUAUUAUGCCAAGAUCAAGUUGGUGGAUUACAACUCAUGAAAGACUGCAAAUGGAUCUCUAUUAUGCCCAAUCCGGAAGCUUUUAUCGUCAAUAUAGGCGAUCUCUUUCAGGCAUGGAGCAAUGGUGUGUACAAAAGUGUGGAGCAUAGAGUGAUGUCUAAUCCAACGGCAGAGAGGCAUUCUACGGCCUUUUUCUUUUGCCCUUCCUAUGAUACUCCCAUUGUAACUCCCAUGCAACCUCCUCUCUACAAGGAAUUCACAUUAAGACAAUACAUGAAACAAGUGGAGGAAGACCUUAAACAAACGGGCCGUAAAACUGGUCUCUCAAGAUUUCACGUGGAGAAUGUAGCCCCCAAUUCAUGUAACAACGAUUGCUUCUCAUGAUUAUUAGGAAAAUAAAAUAAAGCACCUAGCAUGCACAUGUGGAAGUAUAGUAUAUGGUUUGGACAAAAGA